UCGUGUACCUGUCAAUCAGCGGACGGCCCGCCCUCACACCGUCAGCAAACAUGGCGGGGUUGGCGUUGAGGCGGUGCGUUUCUCCGGCAGUCUACCUCAACAGGAGGUUGUCCGCACCAGAUUUGAGCGUCGGCUGCAGCUACCACAAGAAGGUGGUGGAUCACUAUGAGAAUCCCAGGAACGUCGGCUCACUGGACAAGAAUGCCAAAAAUGUGGGGACCGGAUUGGUGGGGGCGCCUGCAUGUGGGGAUGUGAUGAAACUGCAAAUUGAAGUGGAUGAUCAGGGCAAGAUCGUGGAUGCCAGGUUCAAGACAUUCGGUUGUGGCUCCGCAAUCGCUUCCAGCUCGCUGGCGACUGAGUGGGUCAAGGGGAAAUCUGUUGAUGAAGCCCUGAAAAUUAAGAAUACCGAGAUCGCCAAAGAACUGAGUCUUCCUCCAGUGAAGCUUCACUGUUCCAUGCUUGCUGAAGAUGCCAUAAAAGCAGCGCUGGCCGACUACAGGCUGAAACAGCAGAAGGACAAGGAGCCAGCGACGGCCAGCAUCUGAGGGCCACUGCUCCCCACAUCCUUCUGCCAGUAGCCAAGGCGACGUGACGUGGUUCCCCACCCCCCCCCCCCCCCCACCCCCAGCGGACCCUGCAGUCCCACCAACCCUCUCUCCAGUUAACGCACAAUUUAAAAAAAAUCUCUCAUCAGAUUAUUGAUGUGGAGUAAAACCUUAUUGUUGGGGUUAAAGGUAGAAGCCUUCUAUGUGUGUGUGUGUGUAUAUGUUGGCCUGUUUUCUAGCGCAUAUCCUACUAAAAUAUGUCAUUUAAAUAGAACGUGCAGGAAUGUGGCAGGAGGUUGUCAGCACUGUCUCGCUGUGUCGCACUGGUCGUGUGAAAGGACCGAUGUUUUACAUUCUCACUCUUUCCUUCUUGCCUGAGAAAUGUGGUGUGCUGGUAAUAAGUCAUGUUUUGGACACAUUGCCUUAUUAUAAUAACCAUAUUAAAGCAGUAAUAAAGCAUCAAAUGUGCA